AUGAGUACUCAUUCUCAAUCCCCUGAACCAUCUGCCCCACUUUCCAGUCAAACCAAGCACCAUGGGUCCGGGAGGCAUUGGACUGAUGAAGAAAGUGCUCUAUUGGAAAAACAUCGGCAGGAGUACAGAGACGCCAACGACGCUGCUCGUGCUGAGAUAUUUUCUCGAGUUUUGCAAGACAUGCUCGACAUACUCCCCAAUGGAAAAUCGUUCAAGAAGGAAGAAAGAUCAGCUGUUAAAAAAGAUAUUAAAGAGUGGUUUGCCCGGUACAGUCGUAAGAGAAGUCAGAAAAUGCCGAGGAUGGGAAAGUCGUGGCAUGCCCGGCAUGUGUUCCAGCAUGAGAACAAGGACGCCAUCGAUACCGAAGCGAAAAGGCUUUGUGCCAAAGCCAUUGAAGAGGGACAAAAGAGGCCUAAAGGGGGAGAUCCCACUCAUUUUUAUUUUCGGGAGCGGGUCGUGACUCAAAUGAUGGGAAAACUGAAGAAAAGGGAGAAAGACGUACUGCAGAGGACGGCCGAGGAGUACAACAAGAAGGGAGUUGACCCGGAACUCAAGUCCAAACUGGCUGUAAAGAACUGCACGGCUCGGAUGCAUGCAUUUUCCAAGGAACUUUAUGACACAAUGGGUGUCUGGGUCUUUAUCUUAGGAUGUUAUCUGAAGCCCAAUGGUAAUUUGGACGUCUCGACGUACGACUUCAAUCAAGAACUCGGCAAUGGGAAAGACUUUAUUGAUAACCAUAGCUGGACUUUCCAUGAGGAAGGAAUAUCGGUAUCUUCUUGGAGAGCACACAAUGAAGAAUACUAUGGGUUGGAGGAUCUUGCUUUGGCCAAAGGAGGACACCGAUCCCAGGGUGCUAUGACUUUGGAGAAGAACCUAUACCUGGAACCUAUUCUACCCAAUCCAUCGAAACCACCACUUAAAACUUCCCGUGAUAUUCAAAUUUGGCGGCUGAAUGUUCUUCGUACAUUUGUCAACCAGCACUAUAAUCUUGCAGCUGGGCAGAGUAAGGGAUCGGCUCCUUGGACGGCUAUUGGAUCAAAGUUACUUGACUUCAUUGAUCUAGAAUAUAUACCCCCAGCUUGGAGAUCAGUAAAUGGAGAAGGUAACAACUUUUACAAGUUUCUUGAUCCCUCCAAAUUCCCGAUGGAGAUGGUCACUGAAGCUCUCCAGUUUUGGUAUGAACGUCAAGAACAACACAAAGUCGCCUUUCGAUUUAAAUCCUUUCUUGAGGGGAAAAUGCUGCUGGAAGCACCUCCAUGA